AUGGUCUCUGUUGGUUUUGGCACUGUUGCUCUUAGUUUAUGCUUCUGGAUUGAGGUUAGACUUGAGAUGCAUUUGGGAUUGAUCAACAGGGAUUUGGGGUUUUUGACAAGAAAGGUGUAUCAGGAUUUGGAUGAUGCCAUCGAAUUUGUUAUGGCUAUUCUUUUGGUGGAUAAUGAGAAGUUGGUUUCUAACAUAGUUAACAUAAAUCAGUUUAAGAUGUGUACUGUUAAUGUGAUAUGUGCAAUUGUGUGUUUCUGCACAUGUGCAUGUGGAUAUGCAUAUUUAGAUACACGCUUAACAAUAUGUGAGGGGCAUGAUGGAACUGAGACAUCAAAUGGAGAUGUGUUAAUCUUCCCAGACAUGAUCAGAUACAGGAGAUUGACACAUUUUGAUGUUGACACAUUUGUUGAGGAAGUGCUUGUGAAGGAUGGUGAAUGGCUUCCUGGAACUCCAGAAACACUGAAGGGUUUUUAUGUUUUUGUAUGUUCUCAUGGGUCCCGAGAUCGUCGGUCUGGUGUUUGUGGGCCUGCCUUGCUUAGUAAAUUCAAAGAGGAGAUAGAAUUGCGUGGACUUCGAGGCAAAGUAUCUGUUAGCCCAUGCUCUCACAUUGGGGGACAUAAGUAUGCAGGAAAUGUCAUUAUAUUUGGAUCAAGUAUUAAUGGAGUUAUAAAUGGACAUUGGUAUGGAUAUGUUACCCCAGAUGACGUAUCCAUAUUACUAGAGCAGCAUAUUGGAAAAGGAGAGAUUGUAGACUGGCUAUGGAGGGGCCAGAUGGGUUUAUCUGAAGAAGAGCAGAUCAAAUCCCAAGAGCUAAGGCUCCAACUAAAUGGCGAGACAGAUGUGGGAAAAGGCACUAAUAAGUUGACACAAUUACAGAUAGACGAAGCAUGCACUGCAGCAACAAAUUCUAAAGUAGAAGUUGUGAAAUGUUACCAGCAAAAUGGAAAAUCUUCUUGCUGCCAAAAUCCUGUCUUACCUCAUGAGGAGACUCUAGAUGCCAAUGAGAAGGGUGUAAAGGUGUCACCUGAGAAGAAGAGGAGCAGCAAGAGAAUACUAUCCCAGAUUAACAGUGGAAAAGGGUUGUCUACAUGCAAGGUUUGCACUAUGCCAACACGGUUGGAGAGCUGGGAGCAUGAAGAUACUUACGCAGCUCUUGCUGUUGCCUUUGCUGUAGUAUCGGUUGGUGUUGCCUAUAGCUGCUACAAACAGUCGAGAGGUGUGUCUUUUUCUCCUUCAAAUGCACUGCUUGCAAGAUUGUUGUAGGGGAAAGGGCUUCAAGCAUGAUCCUUAAAUCGCAUGAGUGUAAGAAUGUGUGAAUUAUUUUCUUUUUCUUUUUGGCUCUUCUUGAAAGUUGAAGUUUGUUAGUUAUACAUAUAAUUAAUCCAUAUGGUCUUUUUCUAAA